GGGCGCCGUGAUCACCAUGAAGCUCCUGCUGGCUGUCGUGCUGGUUGGAGCGACGUCCGCUUUGGUCGAGAGAACUGAGUGGGAGGCUUAUAAAGAAAAAUACAACAAGGUCUACGCGAACCCAAUCGAAGAGCUCCACAGAAUGAAGGUGUACGCCAACAACAAGGCCCUCGUGUCCCGGCACAUGAAGGAGUACGCCGAAGGCAAGCACACCUUCACCAUGGCAAUCAACCAGUUCGCUGACCUCACCAACGAGGAGUUCAGCGCACGGCACGGAGGUCUGAAGGUCGGAAGCACUGUACCUCACACAGCGCACAAGAUGUCGGGCAAGACAGCGCCAGCCAGCGUCGACUGGCGCGACCACGGUGCCGUCACCCCGAUCCCAAACCAGGGCGCAUGCGGCUCCAGCUGGGCCUUCGCGGCCACCGGCUCGCUGGAGGGCGCCUGGAAGCUGUCCGGUCACGAGCUGGUCGAGCUCAGUGUGCAGCAGCUCCUCGACUGCACCGGCCGCUAUGGGUGUUACGGAUGCCAGGGCGGCUGGAUGGACAAGGCUUUCGAGUACAUCCGUGACAACGGUGGCAUACAGUCCGUGUCGUCCUAUCCGUACACGGCGAAGAACGGAGACUGCCACUCAGACGCCAGCAAGAACGUGGCCACUCUGAGCAACUGGACGGACGUGCCGCAAGGCAGCGAAGCCGGUCUGCUGGACGGCGUCGCCAACCACGGCCCCGUGUCGGUAGGCAUCGACGCCACGCGCUCGUCGUUCCAGAUGUACUCGGGCGGAGUAUACGACGACCCCCACUGCCAUGACAGCCAAGUGGGCCACGGGGCCCUGGUGGUGGGCUACGGCACCGAGGACGGCAAGGACUACUGGCUGGUGAAGAACUGGUGGGGCGCUAGCUGGGGCCUCGACGGUUACAUCAAGAUGAGCCGCAACAAGAACAACCAGUGUGGUAUCGCCGCCGUUGCCUCUUACGCGGUCGUUUAGGGGCCAGCCUCUGUUGAAGUGUCAAGCUUAAAUGUGGACACUGACUUCAGGAUAAUGGGUCCGGCAUUUGGUUCGGUAAUGUACAGGGAAGGAGUGUUUAAGAUGGCUUAUUUUCCUGUAAGUAAAAGGCCAGCAUCACUUUUUAAAUUCACUCGGCAUGUAAUCACGCUUUGGCUAAAAAGUUUUAAAAGUGGAGCCCGCGCUAGGAUCCACAUGGGCAGACAUCAGAAAAUGACGUUGGUAUGUUUGAAAGAUUUCGAACCAGCGUUUCGACAACAACAUAAGGUAAAAAAAUGGACAAGAUCGUCAUGCAUAUGCACCACAAAAUUCCGGCAUCGUUUUUAUGUUUUAGUAUUUUUUCAUCCAAUGUUCUUAGACGUAUAUGCUUGGGCGCACGGCGCAAUCUUCUUAAGCGAAAUACAAUAUAAUGCAAUAUCUAAGAAACUUAUGCUUCCUCCAGUACUACAUCUAUGUAAGCUAUAG